GGAGGCGGAGCCUCUCUGCCGGCCUCGGCCAGUGGAGGUUCGGAAGCCUCUCCUCCUUCCCCUCCUUGUCGCCUCCACCUGGCUCCUCCCCGUGUUCGCCACGCUCCCCUCCCCCCUUAUCCAAGGACAGUGUGCGAGAAAGCCGCGUUCGAGACGAGCUAAAACAAAAAGAGUGGAUCAUGACCCAUGAAGAGCAUCAUGCGGCCAAAACCCUGGGGAUCGGCAAAGCCAUCGCCGUGUUGACCUCCGGUGGAGAUGCCCAAGGAAUGAAUGCUGCUGUCAGGGCUGUAGUCCGAGUUGGUAUCUUUACUGGUGCCCGUGUCUUCUUUGUCCAUGAGGGUUAUCAAGGCCUGGUGGAUGGUGGAGAGCACAUCAGGGAAGCCUCCUGGGAAAGUGUUUCGAUGAUGCUUCAGCUGGGAGGCACAGUGAUCGGAAGUGCCCGGUGCAAGGACUUUCGGGAACGAGAGGGACGACUCCGAGCUGCCCAGAACCUGGUGAAGCGUGGGAUCACCAAUCUGUGUGUCAUUGGGGGAGAUGGCAGCCUCACUGGAGCUGACACCUUCCGUUCCGAGUGGAGUGACUUGUUGAGUGACCUCCAGAAAGCGGGUAAGAUCACGGCUGAGGAGGCUAAAAAGUCUAGCUACCUGAACAUCGUGGGCCUGGUUGGCUCAAUUGACAAUGACUUUUGCGGCACCGACAUGACCAUUGGCACGGACUCUGCCCUGCACCGGAUCAUAGAGAUUGUAGAUGCCAUCACCACGACUGCUCAGAGCCACCAGAGGACGUUUGUACUGGAAGUGAUGGGCCGGCAUUGUGGAUACCUGGCCCUUGUCACCUCUCUCUCCUGUGGUGCUGACUGGGUCUUUAUCCCUGAAUGUCCACCAGAUGAUGACUGGGAGGAACACCUUUGUCGCCGGCUCAGCGAGACAAGGACCCGCGGCUCUCGGCUCAACAUCAUCAUUGUGGCCGAGGGGGCGAUUGACAAGAACGGGAAGCCGAUCACCUCUGAAGACGUCAAGAAUCUUGUGGUAAAGCGUCUGGGAUAUGACACUCGGGUCACUGUCCUGGGUCACGUGCAGCGGGGCGGGACGCCGUCAGCCUUUGACCGGAUCCUGGGCAGCAGGAUGGGCGUGGAAGCCGUGAUGGCACUACUGGAGGGGACCCCCGACACCCCGGCCUGUGUGGUGAGCCUCUCUGGCAACCAGGCUGUGCGCCUGCCUCUCAUGGAGUGUGUCCAGGUGACCAAAGACGUGACCACAGCCAUGAAUGAGAAGAAGUUCGAUGAGGCCAUGAAACUGCGAGGCCGGAGCUUCAUGAACAACUGGGAGGUAUACAAGCUUCUGGCUCACGUCCGACCCCCAGUAUCUAAGACUGGCUUGCACACAGUGGCCGUGAUGAAUGUGGGGGCCCCAGCAGCAGGCAUGAAUGCUGCCGUCCGCUCCACCGUGAGAAUUGGCCUUAUCCAGGGCAACCGCGUCCUGGUUGUGCAUGACGGCUUCGAGGGCCUGGCCAAGGGUCAGAUCGAGGAAGCUGGCUGGAGCUACGUGGGGGGCUGGAUUGGCCAAGGCGGUUCUAAACUUGGGACUAAAAGGACUCUGCCCAAGAAGAACUUAGAACAGAUCAGUGCCAACAUCACUAAGUUCAACAUUCAGGGCCUUGUCAUCAUCGGGGGCUUCGAGGCUUACACAGGGGGCCUGGAGCUGAUGGAGGGCAGGAAGCAGUACGACGAGCUCUGCAUCCCAUUUGUGGUCAUUCCUGCUACGGUCUCCAACAACGUCCCGGGCUCGGACUUCAGCGUGGGGGCUGACACGGCACUCAACACGAUCUGCACGACCUGUGACCGCAUCAAGCAGUCGGCAGCAGGCACCAAGCGGCGGGUGUUCAUCAUUGAAACCAUGGGCGGCUACUGCGGCUACCUGGCCACCAUGGCGGGGCUGGCAGCUGGGGCCGAUGCUGCCUACAUUUUUGAGGAGCCCUUCACCAUUCGAGAUCUGCAGGCGAAUGUUGAACAUCUGGUGCAAAAGAUGAAAACAACUGUGAAGAGGGGCUUGGUGUUAAGGAAUGAGAAGUGCAACGAGAACUACACCACUGACUUCAUUUUCAACCUGUACUCUGAGGAGGGCAAGGGCAUCUUCGACAGCAGGAAGAACGUGCUCGGCCACAUGCAGCAGGGUGGGAGCCCAACUCCGUUUGACAGGAAUUUUGCCACUAAGAUGGGCGCCAAGGCUAUGAACUGGAUGACGGAGAAAAUCAAAGAGAGCUACCGUAAUGGGCGGAUCUUUGCCAACACUCCAGACUCGGGCUGCGUUCUAGGCAUGCGUAAGAGGUCCCUGGUCUUUCAGCCAGUGACGGAGCUGAAGGAACAGACCGAUUUUGAGCACCGCAUCCCCAAGGAACAGUGGUGGCUGAAGCUGAGGCCCAUCCUCAAAAUCCUAGCCAAAUAUGAGAUCGACCUGGAUACCUCGGAGCACGCUCACCUGGAGCACAUCAGCCGGAAGCGGUCCGGAGAAGCUCCUGUCUAGACGUCUUUGGGGUGAGGGGAACGGGUGGUCUCCUCACGGUCAGCUCAUCCCUGGCAGAUCCACACGUCCAUAUGUUCUCAAGUGUUCUAGUUCAUUUUUCAUUAGGUUUCCUUCUACUUUGUAACUGCAGCCAAGGUCAGCUCUGGCUAGGGGGCGACGAGUGAAAGCUUGUUUUAGGUAGAAUUUAUCGUGAUUUCUACCCCAGCUUCAUUCAUCACACAAAGCUGGGCUCAUCUAGUGCCACUGCUAGAUUUCAGUUACUCGGUUAGAACUUUCCUAAAAAUAAGCUUUAUUUAUUUCUUUGUGAUAACAAAGUCCUAGUUCCUCUACUACUUCUGCUACAGUGACAAACAAUAACUACACUAAUAAAUGCCAACUGGUCACUGUGCUCAUGGAUCUCCUGUUAUGACCUUCACAAGUAGAACGUAGUGCGACCAGACUCCGCCCAGACAGAACACUGGGAAGGUGCAGCCUGUGCGGUCGCCCAUGGACUCCUGCGCCGUCUCUGGGCUGUGUACACAGGGUCCCAGAACAUAGGACGCUAGUCUUCACCCUCAUCCCGCACAGGUCGCCCCUGUGUCCUCAGCACCAGUACCGUGCUCCGGGCUCCCUUAAGCCAGAGUCGUAUUUCACCUGUUGAUCAUGUACCCCAUACACCCAUUACCCAGAGUUGCUUUUUUCCAACAUGAUCUCUCCUCCUCCACUGAUUGCCCCAAAUCCUCCUUCCUGGAUGAGAGCCAGAUGCCGUCUGUGGGGAGAAGUACACAUUUAGGAAACUUGGGAAAUUGAGACACCCAGUCUGGAACCUGGUUUGGUUGAAACACUGUUUUGGAAAGAUGUCAGUUCUUAUUCAGCUUAAUUUCUCUGUUCCAUAACAGUAACUUCUACCUCCUUAUUAGCCAAGUGCUCCAGUGAUGCUGCUGGCCUUCAGGACUGGAGCUACAAAUCACGCCCCAAAGGGUCAGCAUGGUGCCCUGCCAAUGCCGGGCUUGAACUCCAGCGCCAAUAACCAGGUCCCGGCUCGCACAGGUGCAUAGUCCUCCCAGCGCACCAUUUCCUCGCUUGCUUGAUGGAGCAGGAAGAAGGUUCAGGCUUACAAGGGGUGGGAGAAGGGACUGUCUCUAGUACAUCACUUUCACUGGCUGUUCGAAGUAUUACUGCUAUACCCUAAAAACAAUCUAAGUGUAGUGACCGAGAAGGCUGGUCAGAGGCCAGCAUUAGAGCAGCCAAAUGCUCUUUGUAUAGGAAUUAAUGAUACAUAUCAAGCACUGUUGUCAGUGAGUCCUCAAACAGCCUGUGAGCGGGGUGGUGGCAGCCCCAUUUUGGAGAGGAGGGCACUGGAGCUCAGGGUGUUUAAAUAACGUGCAGAAAGUAGGAACAGGAGAAAUUGCCAGAGUUGCUUUUAGAAUUGUUUAUUUUUUUUUUAAGUAAGCAAAAACACCAAUAGCAAAAGGGCAAAAGCAGGUACACUUCUUUAAAUUGGCUAUGCUGGCAGAUUGUUUACUUGUAGUUCCCAAUUGACUUUUUUUUUAGUUUUUCAAAUUUGCAUACAGGUCAUUGAAGAUCAAUGAUAACUUGAUCUAGUUUAGGAACAUGAAAAUGCGUAUUGUCGACUAAACAUUGCGUAUUGUCGACUAAACAUUGUUCACUAAAACAUCUUUUUUGGGGUAGGCGGCCAUCUCA